AAUUUCAUUAUAAUCUGGCCAUAUUUUCGUACAGCUGUUUUUUAUUACAAAAAAUCUAGUCUAUUAUCAGAAAAAACAUUAAAGUUUCUAAUAUUUUAAAAUUUUAUUCAAUAAAAUUCUAUUAAAAUAAAACAAAUGGAUCCUAAUUUAAGAAAUCUAAAAGAUUUUCUAACAUUAUACAAUAAAGUGACCGAAUUAUGUUUUACCCGUUGUAUAGACACUUUCAAUGAACGUGAUUUAGCUGAGCAUGAGAAUAUAUGUGUCAAUCGUUGUGUCAAUAAAUUUGCGCAAUUUAAUCAAUCAAUGAUGAAAGUUUAUGUUGAAGUUCAAACGAGUAUAAAUACUAAACGUAUGCAAGAAUUAGAACAACAACAGCAGCAACAACAAGAGCAAAGUAGUCCAAAUACCACGGCGGCAUCAACUGCUUUUUCAUCCUCGUCCACAGCUUCCAAUUUACCGGCCUAGUUUAUUUUUAUUUCUUAUAUGUAUAUCUGCUUAGUUGUAACUCUUAAUUAAAUACUAAAUUGUUA